CAUUCCUUCCCUCUUCCAUCAGUGCUCGUGCUGUUUCGCUGUGUUGGUAUUGUUGGGUGUUGCUUUCCCCCUCCACGCCAUCAACAAGCCUCACCCCGGCGUCUCAGAAUUGGGAACAAGGAAAGGAUAUAGCCGCCGUAUCCGCUCUUUGAUGCUCCGCGCGCGUCUCGAUAUCGCUAUCUCCUGGACCUAGACUCGACCGGACAAUUUUCCUACAUUUUAUUUCUUUUUUUCUCCGGCCGACUUACAGCCCUCGUUGCAUGCCCCCGUGAACGCCCCCGAGGCACAGCACCGGUCUAGAUUCGUACCUGUCACAAGAAUCCUCUUCUUGUCCUUCUUAUAUAUCCGUCGAGAACACGUUCGGUUUUUCAUACUUCAUCGCACGUUUGUUAUCUCCCUUACAACAUGUCCACCGCUGUUGCGUCGGCCUCCGCGGCCCCGUUACCAUCUCCGCAUCAGAAUCGGGACCCCAGUCCCAAGAGCUGUCCGAGCCUGGCUCCCAACUCCCAUCCUCAGCCAUCGACUACUCCUCCUCGUGUGUCUGUCUCUUCUCAGGAUGGUUCUAAAAUCUCACCAUCAGAGAAGAAGCUAGUGUCUCCCUCGUCACAGAAUGGAAAGCAAGCCCCCAAAGUCACCGUGAAAAAGGAGCCCCCGUCGUCCCCAGCGAUGCAGUCCCAGAGCAGUCGACCGCGACCUCGCAAACUGGAUCUGUCCAGUAGCCUACCUACCUCUGGGGGGUUAUCUGCUCGACCACCCGGAGGUCCCAUGACUGCCCGAGAGGGAGUCAGUAUGCAGAAUGUAGGCAUCGCUUGCUUGUCUCCGGGUUUUCAGACCCACGACCCGAUACUGCGGGAGCAGCUGCAACGGAGUCUUUCUGUCCGUGAUCAGCAGCGAUCAAUCAUUGAAUCCCGCCUCCACAGGACCGCCAAGGACGACGGAUCCGAUAGCCUCAAAACCUCUGAUGGAUUUGGGGCCAAGGGCUCGAAGCGAAGGCCUCCACCCGGCUUGUCCAUCGUGCCUCCAUCGGCAGCCCAGUUUGCCAACGAGCGAGUGGUACAGUCUGCGCCGCUGAACCAGACUUUUACUGGCCGGCACCAACCUCAACCACUGACCCGUCAUAUUGCCAACCAAAGUCCAACGUUGGGUGCAACAUCUCACGUCCACCAUGUCCCCGCUACCCAAACCAACAACCGGCUUCCUCCGCUGUCUGACGUCUUUGGGUCUGAUACCUUGGGAUCGCGUGAGAGCCGUGCUGCGCCCGCUUAUUACCCGGCUGCAGCGUCAGCUUCGACUUCGUCUCACUCCAACAACCUACCUGCCAUGCCGUCCCCGGGUAUCCCGGCUAGUGCCACGCAGGCUCGGUCUCGUGAGUACCGUUCGGCGGAGGAGGCAGUCCAUGAACUUUCUGGUGGACGCGAAGACCUCCUUCCCCGUAUUGUCCAUUACUCCAGUCAACUCCAGACUCGUUCCCCACCAUCGAAGACACCAGCUCAAAACGGUGUGGCCCCCGUCUCUGCUCACAUCGCGCCGCCACCACAACCUAUGUUGCAUCCAGAGGGAACGGCCCGUCGCCGUCCUCGCAGUGAAUAUGAACAGGACAACGGUAGCCCUCCGCUGGGCCAUGGUCCGGAUCACUAUCGACCAAACCCAGCGAUGGCACAUGGUGCCAAUACCGCUUUCCACGGUCCAUUUGGGGCUGGAAGAGACUCGCCCGAGACACAGCGACGCAAGAAGGAAGAAUUUUUGAGUCUUUGUUCUCGUGCGUGGGAUCUGUUUCACUCUUAACGUGACCUAAGUAUAUAUGCUCUGUUGGAUAAAAGCUGGCCAGGAACAGAACUUGGACAAGUACCUGAGCUAGGUUCCUGCGAGUCAUCUAGACAUUUUGUCUUUUGGUUAUCAGGAAGUACCACGGGUGCGGAUCUGAUAUCCUGCAUUAAAAGAAUC